AUGGCUACGGACAGCGUCAAUAUAACCGAAGACGCUGAAAUGGCGGAUUGCGAUGGAGACAAAGUUGUUACGAUGAUGGAUGUUUUGCAAGAACAACAGGAUUUCGAAGAAGAUGCCAACGCUGUGCUUGGAGCUUCCGAUGAUAAAAACUGUACUUAUUCAAAGGGUUACAUCAAAAGGCAAGCCUUGUAUGCCUGCCUCACAUGCUGUACUGAAGCUAAAACAGACCCUACAAAGAGAGCUGGUGUGUGCCUCGCUUGCAGCUUGAAUUGUCAUGAAAACCAUGAACUCAUUGAGCUCUACACUAAAAGAAACUUUAAAUGUGAUUGUGGCAACCCCAAGUUCAACUCCCACCCCUGCCAUUUCACUCCAGACAAAACUGAUUUUAAUGAAGAAAACAUUUACAACCAGAACUUUAGUGGACUCUACUGCACUUGCCAGCGGCCUUAUCCAGACCCCGAGGCAACUACUGAAGAUGACAUGAUCCAGUGUAUCAUCUGUGAGGACUGGCUCCAUUCCGCACAUCUAGAAGCUGUUGUACCUGCCAAUGACCAAUACUCUGAAAUGAUUUGUAAAAGUUGUAUGGAGAAGAAUGAGUUCCUACAUGAUUACAGUUCAUAUGCAGUUAAUGUAGAGACCGGGGAUGUGGAUAUUUUAAAUGUAAAUGGUGAUGCUAAAUCUACUGAUAAUAAUAGCCUUUGUAAUGGGGACAAUGAUAAUAAAACUGAAAUUCAAAUCAGUAACAUUACUACAACAAAUGGAGAUACUGAUAUGAAUGAAGACAAAGCCACAGAUGAUACAAACAACAAAACCACUGAAAGUAUUACUGAAACUAAACAGGAUAAUGUUGAGUCUACAGAAGCAACAGCAGAUGAAAAGACUGAUAGUGUAAACCAAACUGAUACAAUGGAUGUUGAAAAAAGAGAAGUAAACAAUCAGCCUGCAGAAAAUAUUGAAUCAACUGAACCAGUUGUGAAAGGCAGUGAUAAAUUGUCUGACACUUUGAAGGAACAGCCUGACAGUAAGUUAGAAGAUAAAACAGAAUCUGGUCAGAGUGAUGAAGCAACCAAGGGACAGGCAGAAACCGUUGAAAAUGAAUCAAGUAAGGAUGACAAUAAAACAGAGCAACAACUUUUAGAUGACCUUAAUGCUCUAACCAAUGCCAAUCCUGUAGAAAAAGAAAGUGAUAAAACUGCAGAAAAUAAAUCUGAUAGUAAUGUGGAGCAAUCUGAAGACAGUAAGAAAACUAAACAUGAAGAGCUACCCAAAGAAAGUGAAGGUAGCCCCAAACAUACUACAGUUGAUGAGAGUGAAGUUGAAGUUCCUGAUACGUCACAAUCUGAAAAAGAUACUAAACAAAAAGCUAAUGACGACAAGGAUGUUUCGGUGAUGGAUGCGAUCGACGAACUGUUGCAAACAGCAAAUGCUGAAAAAGAAUCUGAAACAACAGAUGAAAAUAAAAUAUCCUCAGUGAAUGAGGAAACUAAACAAUCUGAUGAUAUUGAAAUGAGUGCUGGUGACUCAAAAGUUGAUAAUGAUAUGUCAAGUAAAACUGAAGAUGUACCUGAAACCAGUGAUAAAACUAGUCCUAACAAUGAAACAGAUGACAUCACAAACGAAAAUGAAUCUGCCAAUAGUAGCAAACCCAAUAAUGAUGUUAAAAUUAAUUCAGAUGAUAAAACUGCUGAUAGCAUUGAAGAGAAUACUAGUAAAACUGAAAUGAAUGGGUGUGAAGAUAAGCUCGACAAAGAAUCUCCAGCAGAUAUUAGUGAGAAUUGUAAAGAAAAAAUUGAGCAUGACAAAGAUAGUAUGGAAAGUUUGGAAGACAAUGAAAAUGAUAACAAAAAUGAAGAAAAUACUAAGGAACACAAACGGAAACUAAGCACUGAUUUGACAAGUGUUUCACCGAAAAAAGCUAAAUUGGAAUGUGUGAGACCCAAGGGAGUGAAAAGAAUUCACAAGGGUGCUACAUUCUGGCCGUCUAACUUCCGCCAGAAGUUGUGUACUUGUAAUGAAUGUCUGUCGAUGUACAACGACCUCAAAGUACUGUUUCUUACUGACUUGGAGGACACUGUUUUCGCGUAUGAAAGUUUAGGUAAGGAAAAUGCAGCAGGCGCCUCACAGUAUGAGAAAGGACUGGAAGCACUGUCUUCAUUAGAUAGAAUACAACAAAUAAAUGCCCUCACAGAGUACAAUAACAUGAGAGACAAGUUGCUUGACUUCCUCAAGAGUUUCAAAGACAGGAAAGAAAUUGUAAAGGAGGAAGACAUCAAAGCAUUUUUCGCUGGAAUGAAACCGCGACGUGAACCUGACGGUGUUUACUUUUGCAGAUAA